AUGUGGCGCCAUCGGUUUUGCGGGCGGGGAUCAUGCGCAGCCAGUCGCUUUGUGUCUCCCGCGACCUGUUCACGAGCGCGCGCGCGACCCAUAUAUCAUCACUACGGUGCCGCGAUGUGGUGCGCCUGGUACUUCAUCCUGUGCUUAGUGCCAGCUAGUCGACAGAUAUCAAUUAAGGAGUUUACGGUACCUCAUGCGGUGCAAGCCGGGGAAGACGCAGAGCUACAAUGUCGAUAUGAUUUGAAUCCUGGCGAGUCAGACAAGGGCCUUUACGUGAAAUGGUGGUGGACACCACUUAACGCCACCAGCGACCAGAUGCAUCAGAUUUAUCAAAGAAUAAGCGGGCUUGAACCUGUGACAAUUCACAGUACCAUUAAUUUAGAAUUAUUAGAAAACGAUGGUAUUAGGUUAGUGAAAGUCACACCAGCAGACUCCGGGAUCUAUGAAUGUGAAGUUUCUAAUAUUGAUGAGGUACGGGAACAUCAGGAGUUAAUAGUUUAUUCCAUGGGCACUGGUCCACAACUUAAUAUCUCCAUGGCGCUAGACGGACCGGAAGAGAACGAAGAAACGAAGAACGACGAUGAGGAAUAUGUAAUAGUGACAUGCGAGGCUAAUGACGUCGCCCCUUAUCCAGACCUCUCAAUUACUGUGGCUGGGAAUAUAGCCAACUUAUCAGAAACCGUAAAUGGCCCUAUUGAGGGAUUAUACGAUAUAUUUGCGAAUGCAACUGUUUCUAAGAAUCUAGCUGAGGGUGCAGAAAUACGCUGUGAACUUUUCUUUAAAAAUGAUAAUAUCUCACAUCCUGCUUAUGUGGACAUCGAGACGUUCAAUACAUCAGGCGCCGAGGUAUCCACUACAGAAGUGCCCGAGAACAUCACUGCUUCCGAUGUGGUCUCCGAUAAUUUACAAAAUCGAAAUGGCGGAAAAUGUCACAGCAUUUCGCGGUCUCUGAUCUUUGGACAACUAGUACCUGCGUUGUUUUACACUUUUUCGCUUAAAUUGUAUAUAUAA